AUGAAUGGAGCCGUCACUGCCUCACCGCCCAACACUCACGGCAGUAUAUUCCGUCCGAAGGCGGGAGGCUGGGUCUCUCUCUUUCUCCCCUCCCCGUCAUCGCUUAUCAGUGUCAACAAACGACUUGUUGGAAAUAACAACCUCGUCACUUUCCAAGGGGACGAAGUUGAUGUUAUGGCUUCUCCUUCAGGUCGUAGUUCAUCCACAUCUGGUCGCGCACAAGCGAGCAGGUCUGGGGCUGAUAGACAGAUCUCACAAAUCGAAAAAAGCGUGACCCAUCUACUCGUGGCAACCAAACAACUCCUUGAAUCAUUAACACAAUGGUCACGAAAGCAGGCUUCCGAAACUGAAGUGUCCGACGUGUAUGUGCGCCUGGGGUAUGAGUUUAACCUGGCAUGUCGCGCCUUCAAUGCCAUCGGGGUUGAAACAAGUGAUUUGGGUCCCGUUCCAGAUGUUUUGCGCACAAUCCUGGAAGAUACUCUUAGUCAGGAUGCAUCUGCAACAAGUUUGGAUAAAUACCUGCCUCAGAUCCGUGAUAUCAUUAUCACUUUACUGCAUGGCUUGAAGAAGAAGCAGGCACGCCUUCGAACACAGCGACAGAGAGAAGAGGCCCGUGGACUUCCUGGACGACAGGCCAGCACAGGGAGCAUUGCCACCACGAGCCAGAGCAAUAUGGGUCAACUGUAUGAGGAGACCGUUGCUUCUACUCUGCCCCAGUCGACCGCGUCUUCCCAGCCCAAUGUCCAAUCCCCAAGAAGGUCUGGACGUCGUUACGGUAGCAACGGAUCUCUCGAGGACCCACAGACGGUACAUCGCACUUCUCCACCUGUGCCAAGCGAUGCGCGCACUUAUGCAGACCGGGAUGCAUCAAGACGAGAGGCCCAACAAACCCUGACCCAGCCAUCGCUGGAAGCUACACCCAAUUCUCACCUACCACCCUCAGCUCCUCCCAACUUCCCAGCCCCUCCACCACCUCCUAAGCAAGAUGAUGCGCUUGGUGCUUUGCAGCGAAGUGGAGAGCUGGAACGACGAGCUUCGCGCCGUUUCUCCGCAUAUCAAAUCCAAAAGCACCUGGGAACUUCGUCAAACGGGGUUCCUGUUCUCCCCACCCAGAACUCCCCAGUGCCUAACCGUGGCCGAGAUGUUCGUGAAUCACUCAAUGCUGUCCGUCUGCGGGGAUCAUACACGCAUACCCGACAACGGUCUUCUAAAAGUCUGCAAGAAAGUUCCAAAACCGGACAUGCGCAGGUUGCGGCUGCUGUUCCUCAGGCAGUGCAGGAGGAAUCAAAUGAGUCCUCCCCGCAAACCGUUGUUGAAGUUGGAAAUGAAGAUGCGGAGGCUCCUCAAUCCAGCAGACAAAAGCCUGAAAAACCAGCCAAGGAUGAUGCUGAGGGACUCCCCGAAACUGAAGAAGCUCCUGUCUUCCCACAGCCACCAAAGAGGCCCUCUCUAGGUGACGCGUUUGAUCCCGAGAAGAGUGCUAGUCCUGCUGCUGGGAUGCGCCCAGAGACACCGAGAGCAUCUCGCCUAGAACCAGCCAAUAUCGCCACUCCUCCCUCAGUUCCCCAGUAUUCGACGGAACAGCCAUCCCCAGGAAAGGAAUUGACGCUGUUUUUGCAGUACAAGACUAAGAUCAAGAAGUAUGUCUUGACUGAGGGCAUUGCUGCUCUUACCAUUGGUCGCCUCCAACUUGCUUUCAUUGAAAAAUUUGCCUGGAACACGCAUAACAAUGGCGCAGAUUUGCCUGAAAUUUACAUUCAAGACCCAAUUUCCGGUAUUCGUCAUGAAUUGGAAGAUUUGAACGAUGUUAAGGACCGCUCAGUCCUUGUCCUGAAUGUGGAUAAUCUGGAUGAAGUCAAAAAGCAUUUCGAUGACAGUUUCGUGGGCGUCCGCGCAUUGGUCGAAAGUGUGAAAGAGUCUCUGGCAGGUCAGGGUAAGGCCAUCCAACGAGUCUCCGACCGCCAGCUCGAAACCGCCAAAGAAAUGGCUCGCCUGGCCUCCACUCCCUCGACACCCAACUCAAGUGCUAGCGGCUCUGACACAGCAAAGGCACCUAUUGUAGCAACUGGGAAUCAGAUUGCAGAGCUCCAAAGCCUACGCCGGGACCUCGCUGUUCUGCGCCAAACCUAUUCAAACUUCACUGCCGAUGUUGCUAGUUCGAUGAGCGCUGUUCGGGAGAAAGCAAGUCAAGUCAAGACUGCCGCCGAGGAUGUCGCAGUGCCAACCUAUGAGGGCGAUGCCGGUCGCGCCCGUGUCAAUACCGGCAAGAAAGAACUUGCGGACGAAUCUGAACGACUGGUCGCACGAGUGGACGAUCUCCAGGACUUGGUUGAAGAUCUUCGCAAGGAUGUGGUUACACGUGGCGUGCGACCCCUUCCAAGACAGUUAGAGGGCGUGAGCCGAGACAUCAGCAAUGUCAUGAAAGAGAUUAAGAAAAUGCAAGACUUCCUUGGUCGCGAGAAGCCUAUCUGGACCAAGAUCUGGGAGAAAGAAUUGCAGUUGGUCUGCGAGGAGCGUGAUCAGUUGACUAUGCAGGAAGACUUGGCUGCCGACUUGCAAGACGAUCUUGAGAAGGCUGCGCAGACUUUCGCUUUGGUCGAGCAAGCGACCAAGGAACAGGCUAUGGAGAAGGCCAACGGUAUUCCCGGUGCACCAACUUUGCGUGCCGCCUCCCGGACCCUUGGAAUUGAUCCCACUGUCGACCCUAUGAAGGCCAAGGAUGAUCUUCUCGGUGAAGUUCGCGCCCUACAGCCUAACCACGAAAGCCGCAUUGAGGCCAUUGAGCGAGCCGAGAAGGCUCGAAAGAUUGAGCUGGAGACCCGACGUAUUGGUCUCUUCCAGAAGGAGCUUGGCGCCUUUGUGGAAGAGGGCAAAUUGAAGAAGAGUGGUGGUGUUGAGGAAGCUGAGCGACUCCGAAAUGCCAAAGAUGAUCGCAUUCGAAAGGAGGUCUGGGAUCGACAGCAGGCCCGCAAUGCGGAGAUGGAGAAAGCAGAGGCGGAGGCUGCAGCUGCAGCAGCCGCUGAAGAGAAACCCGAAGACGAAGCUGCCUCUACUGAUGCAGCAACUGAAGACGAGCAAGCCGUGAAUGUUACCAGCGCAGAGGAAGUGACCAGUCUUCAUGAGUCUACGGACGGCGAGAGCCAACCGGAACCAGGAUCUAUCUAA